AUGUCUCAAAACUACAAAAUCAUUUCUGCAUAUGCUGCUGUAUUUACCGUUGGUGCAUUUGUAGGCGCAGGCACAGCACAAGCUAAUCGGUUAAACAGUGAAAACGAAACUCGCGGCCAAAUAAUUACUCCCUGGACCGUUGAAGGAGCUGUCGUAGACGGCAAAUCUCAAGCAAUUGAUUACGAUAAAUUAAUUGAACAAUUUGGAACAAAGCACAUUGACGAAGAACUCUUGAAGAGGUUUGAAGCCUUGACCGGGAAGAAAUGUCACAUACUUCUGAGAAGGGGAAUAUUCUUUUCCCACAGGCAACCACAAUUUCAUCGCAUGUCACCAUAUAACAUUGCAGAACUGUUUCUGAUAAUAAUCUUGAUUCGAUAG